AUGCUUAGUAUACUAAAGAAUAAGUUUUUAAACAAUAAUAAUAAGAACAAGAAGUCAUAUGAAGAGAUAAUAGACAAAAUAACCAUAAAAAACCAAAAAGAAAUGAUAUUCGAUAGAAUACCAACUGAAUUGUUGAAUUUAACAUAUAAUCUACUAUAUAUAAGUAUAAAUACUAAUUAUAAUAAGAAUAAUAUAGAUAAAACAGUAAACAAUUCCUUUAACCAUACAAAGACAAUCAUAGAAGUAAUUAUGAAAUUAUCAGAAAGAAUAAUAAAUAAAAAGUUAUUCUAUAACAUAAUAGGCAAUAACCAUAUAAUAGCACUAAAUGCUUACAGGAUAAUUCAUUCUGAACAAGUGAGUAAUGAAAAAUCAGAAGAAUCCAUACUGAAACUAAUGGAAUUAACAGAAGACCAAAAGUAUUCUAAGUUACAGAGAGCAUUAGAUAUAGUAAGUAUGGGCAUUCCUAAUCUGAGUAAAGAAGACAAAGAUAUAAUGAUGACAUUUAAGUUAAUUGACUAUACUAAACUUAGUGAAUUUAUAAGUGGGUCUGUAUAUGGAUCUAUUUAUAAUAGUAAAAAUGGUAUUAAAUCAUACUCUAUAUAUAAUAUACACAGGUUAGUAUAUAAUAUGGCCAUACGUGCAAGUAUAAAUACAGAGUCUAAACUAGCUGAGAUGAUAACACAUUUAGACCUGUUAUAUACUGCAGAUGAAAUAGCAGUAGCAAAAGACAUAAGAGAAUCAGAUGUAUUAAACAGUAUAAAGGACAAAGCAAUCAUGGAUAAAGUUGUUAACAAUGUGAUUAAUAACUAUUUUAAUGGGAUAAAACCUGCUAUUAGUGAACUAAUCAAGAAAGAAGCAGAAGGAGCAAAGAAAAUACAAGACAAAGAAGUUAGAGAAAGGCACGUAGGAAAAAUGAGAGAAGAGGAAAUUAAAAAAAGUGAAGAGGAAAUCAAAAAAAAGAGAGAAAAGGAGGAAAUGAAAGAAAACCUAAAUAAAGUAGAAGAAGAAACAAAGAAUAUCUGGGGCAGAGCAAGAAUUAUCAGGGAUAGAAUAAAUAAUAUUUGGGAUGGAAUAAACAAUAUCAAUAAUGCCAAUACACUACGGUGCAUUCUUAUAGUUGUAUUUACACUAAACUUUAUUAGUAUAAUAUAUUAUAAUGAAAGUGCUCCUAAAAAAAUAACUCAAAAUUAA